AUGUCAACCGCUACCUUCUCAUUCCCAACUGCUCCCUCCGUCCUCUUCAUCUUCCUCUUAAUCAGCCUCACAUUCUUUUGCGUCCACACUGGCGGUGCCGAAGGGAGCGAUCCCCUGAUCCGGCUGCCCCGACGCGGUGGCGAAGGUGAUGGCCGCGACGAUCCCUUGGGCUCCAAGAAGAUUCUUUCCGUCCAGGAUUACGGCGCGGUUGGAGACGGCAUCCAUGAUGAUACCCAGGCAAGGGAUGACAAGUUUUUAUUUUAUUUUUAAAUAGCAAGACAAAUAGGUCGUCGUAAAUCGUUUUAGUCCUUUACAUGCCUGAGGAUACCCUCCUCAGGCGGAACAAAUAGGUAAUGCCCCGCCGACUGACGGCGAGCCGAUUCAUUUUCAGGCAUUUAAAGACGGUUGGUAUGCAGCCUGUUCUUCGACCUCGCGCAAGACAGUACUCAAAGUUCCGGAGAAGCGCAGGUAUUUGGUCAGGCCGAUUGAUUUCUCCGGGCCCUGCACCACAAAUGUGACUUUACGGGUAUGCAUGUCUAUAACGAAGCACAACAAGCAUUGCAUAUCCGUUGAAAGGAAUCUUCUUCGAGGUGAUCAUUACGUUGCACUUACCAGUGAUGUAUAUGCACAUAUGUAUAGAUCUUAGGGAGCAUUCUCGCCCCCCCGAACCCAACCGCCUGGCGCAGGCAGAAUCCUCGAAGGUGGCUCUAUUUCCACGAGGUAAGUAAUCUAGCCUUAAGAGGCAGAGGUGUUGGGAUCGUCGAUGGCAUGGGAGAAAGAUGGUGGGCAAAGUCUUGCAAAGUUAGGAAGAUAAAUGUAAGCCAUAAAAUUAUCACCUCUCUCUCUCUCUCUCUCUCUCGCUGUCACUCACUCAGUCACUCAGUCACUCAGUCACUCACACACACGCACACACACACACACACACAAGGAGACACUCGGAAGACGACCUGCGAGUGCGCAAUCUCAACGCUGUUGAUUUCAUGUUUUUGUCCUGCAGCCGUGCCGACCCUCACCUACGGUUAGUGUAUCUUCCGUUCCAACGGAAGAGAGCUUACUUUCCUCAAGUUAUGAUCGAAUUCAUUUCACAAAGAAGGUCUAAAGUCUGCGAGGAAACAACGGUUGUGCAGGCCAUUACAUUUCACAAGUGCAGGCACUUGAAGGUCAGAAACAUGACUCUGCUGAACAGCCCACACUCACACAUCACCUUCACCGGCUGCUUUCACGUUAAGGUCUCCGGCCUGAAAGUGAUCGCACCGGUGGCCAGCCCCGAGACCGCCGGCAUACACAUCAGCGGCUCCGAGACCGUCUACAUUCAAAAGAGCGAGAUCACAACAGGUGCGGCCCCUUUCAUCGUCUCGUCACCGUCAUUAGGGACCGGAAGGUUCCUCGUCAUCUUUCCUCCAGAAAUGAAUUUCUACGUUCAAUUGUUAUCUUCCCAAUGCGUCAUCGUCGGCUUGCAUUGGAUGGUGGAUCGUCUCUAGGAGAGGACUGCAUCUCCGUGGGCAAGGGAUCUUCCAAGGUACGCAUUAGAAACGUUUCGUGCGGACCGGGCCACGGAAUCAGGUGAGCAUCGAUCCUUCACUCGGGGCCGUUCUCUUGUUCUAUAAUAUCCAAGCCAACCCGGUGACCGGAAUCUCCGCACUCCACGAUUAUGGAUAGCAUCGGGAGCUUGGGCAAAUUGAACUCAUGGUCUAAGGUGUCCGACGUGCAAGUAGACGGAGCCGUUCUUACCAACACGAAGACUGGCCUCAGGAUCAAGACAUGGCAGGUGACAUAUCGAUCAGCUACGUAGUUUUCAGUAGCUGCCCUUUUAAUAAAUCUUUUGAAUGCGGGAAGCUCCCGAUGAAUGCCGUCGAUGGUUUCUGAAGCAUUAAUGCUGGCCUUUCCCUAUUCAGGGAGGUCAAGGCCUCGUGGAUGGCAUAACAUUUCAAAAUGUUACGAUGAAGAACGUUUCCAACCCGAUCAUCAUCGACCAAUAUUACUGUGACACCCUCCAACCCUGCAAGAACCAGGUAACUACGCCGGAGCCGGGGGCUGCGGGGGCUGACUUCAGAUGUCGGUUUGUCUGUGGGGUGGUCGCUUUAAUUAUUGACUGACUGAUAGAGUGCCGUCCGUGGGAAAUGCAGACGUCGGCAGUGAAGGUGAACAGGGUCUCCUUCAUGAAUAUUGUCGGCACGUCGGCCACGCGACGGGCCAUGACCUUCGCCUGCAGCGACACAUUCCCAUGCCAGAGAAUCCAUCUACAAAACAUCCAUCUGCCAUUGGAGUCGGGGGGCAAUUCUACAUCGUUCUGUUGGAAGGCAUCUGGGUUCAGCUACGGGCUGGUCGACCCUCCCUCUUGCCUGGCCAUCGAGGACGACUACCCAGUCAUGAAAGCACCUGCUUACGGCGAGGAGGUUCUUCGGUCCAGCUACAGAUGA